AUGUCGCUAAAUCUCUUUGCCUACGGAGACGAAGACGUGGAAAGCGCACCGAAGCAAGUCGAAACUACCGGCUUCAAGGUGAACGAGACAAAAGUUGAAAAAGUAAAGGAGGAGAGUAUUUCAAAGGAGAAAGAAGCCAAGAUCGAAAAAUCCUCGGAGGUGAAGAUUCAGGAGGAAAAAUUAGUGUCAAAAGCAUCGAAAUCAAAUAGUGACAGCGUUCCAAGAGAGGCGCCUCCAGUCCCAAAGGAGGACGAAUCUGCGUAUUGGACUGCUGUAUUCGAUAAAAACACAGGUCACUAUUAUUAUUGGAAUAGAAAAACAAAUGUGACUACUUGGACUUGUCCAGAGUUUAUUCAUUGA